GUACAUGUUGUAGCACGAGGAACAAGGCAGACAGUAGUGAGUGGCGAGGAGAGAUGGUUUUGGUUCAUCCAGUAGGAGUAGGAGUAGGAGUUGGGGUUUGCCGUGGUUUCCUGUCUCUCUCUGUAAGUUAUGCCGCAAAAGUAAAACCGAGAAGAAGGUUCUUCUGUAAUGCUUCAUGGCAAGAGCUUGCGGGAGUUUUACUAUUCUCAGCGAUCCCUUUCACUGCCGUGAAAGCCAUAGCUAAUAGUCCGUUAGGUGAGUCGCUUCGGAGGAACAUGGAGGAGAAAAAGAAAUUCGCUCUAGAAAACUCGUCCAAAUUCAACGCCUUGGCCGACCAGGCCCAAAAGGAGAGCUUUUGGUAUGGAGAAAAUCGGCCUCGUUGGCUUGGUCCUAUUUCUUCAUAUGUCUACCCAUCAUAUCUUACUGGGGAACUGCCUGGGGACUAUGGCUUUGACAUCGCUGGCUUUGCCAAGGAUCCUGUCGCAUUGCACAAAUACUUCAACUUCGAGAUUUUGCAUGCUCGGUGGGCUAUGCUUGCAUCUCUUGGUGCUCUAAUUCCUGAAUUAUUAGACCUAUUUGGAGCCUUUCACUUUGUAGAACCUGUCUGGUGGCGUGUUGGCUAUUCAAAGCUCAAGGGAGAUACUCUAGAUUACCUUGGCAUCCAAGGUCUUCACUUAGCUGGAAGCCAGGGAGUGGUUGUGAUUGCUAUUUGUCAAGCACUUCUUAUGGUUGGACCAGAGUACGCUAGAUAUUGUGGGAGUGAGGCAUUGGAGCCUCUAGGAAUAUAUCUACCUGGUGAUAUAAAUUAUCCUGGAGGAGCAUUGUUUGAUCCUUUAAAUCUUUCAAAAGAUCCUGAAGCAUUUGCAGAGCUGAAGGUGAAAGAAAUAAAAAAUGGACGCUUAGCAAUGAUUGCCUGGUUAGGCUUUUACAUGCAAGCAGCUCUGACGGGUAAAGGUCCGGUGCAGAACCUUCUGGAUCACUUCUCAGAUCCAUUUCACAACAACUUGCUGGGCUCCCUCAACUUCUUGAAAGUAAUCAAGUAUUAGUAGAAAGGAACUUACAUCCAUUCGGUUGCUCUUUUUCUAACUUUUUUUGGAGUUAAUUCAGGUCAAAUGGUAUAGCCACGGUGAUUGUCUCUCGCCACAUUCAAUUGUCAACUCCCACUCCAAAAGAAACUGGUCUUUACCUUUUUUUUUUAUUGUUUUUAGCGAGAAGUACUAUUUAGUCUCGGACAAAAUAUUUGUGAUAGUUUAUAUCACAAACUUUGUAAUAUAUCAUUGGGUGUCUGCAAUGCAAUUAUGUGGGCAAUGGAUGCAUAAAUGCAUUGAAUUAGUUUUCAUUGUAUGAUUGUAAGGGCUUGAAUUUUUGCGCUGUCUGAAAAGGCAAAGGUAAGGCUCCUUUUGUUUGGUGA